AUGAAACUCACUGCGGCGGCCCUAGCCUCAAUUGCUGGCACCACCGCGGCCACCUCUCUUGCACAAACCCCGCAGAUGGGAUGGAAUUCUUGGAACUCUUUUAAAUUAAAUAUCAAUGCCUCAAUUCUCAGCGAGAUUGCAGAUCUGCUCGUUUCCCUCGGGCUAAAAGACACGGGCUACAACUACCUCUUGCUGAACGAAGGGUGGUCUAGCUAUGAGCGAACGGCCGAUGGCUAUCUCCAGGCGAAUACGACCGGGUUCCCCGAUGGUAUAAAAGCUCUUGCUGAUGAAGUGCACGACAAAGGCCUCAAACUAGGUCUCUAUGGUGAUAGUGGAAUCCUUACCUGUGCCUUUCGCACAGGGAGCUGGGGCUACGAAGAACGGGACGCGUUGACCAUCGCUGGCUGGGGGAUCGACUACCUGAAAUAUGACAACUGCGGGGGGUUCCGGGCCAUGACAAAUGCACCUCAAGAGCGGUUCCUGGCUAUGCAGAACGCGCUUCUGCGGACCGGCCGCGAUAUCUUCUACUCUGUCUGUGAAUGGGGAUAUCAGUUUCCUUGGCAUUGGGGGGCUAACAUAGGACAUUCCUACCGCAUGUCGGAAGAUAUCACGAACUGCAUACUGUCUGAACACAGGAUAUGCUGGCUGCUCGAUUACGACCAUUGUGCGGAAAAUGAGAGAGAUGAGCGCCUAUCAAUCGCCCUGCCAUUGGCUCGACAUGGACCUGCUAGAGUUGGGAAUUUUAAUAUGACAAUGUAUAUGCAACAGACACACUUUGCAUUCUGGGCUGCGCUAGAGUCACCCUUGAUCAUCAGUGCCGACCUGCGGAAGAUGACCAAUGAAAGCCUGGCAGUGUUGACCAACAAAGAUAUCGGUUGUCAUUCUCCACCACUCCAGUUAGUGUACCAGACCAAGCUUCGACAAUGUUGGCUACAGUGGUCGCAUGACUGUCGUCCGGAGUAA